AUGCAGGCUCAGCUGGGCGCUGAAUUGGAGCGCGCAGAUGGGCUGAGAGAGGAAGUGGCUCGCCUGCGCGCACAGGCCAUCGCAGCACCCCGAGCCAGAAAGGAUGGAGAGUGGAGGGAGGGCAGCGGUGCCGACAGCCCUCAGAGAAUAAAUGUACUUCCCGGUGGCUCGCCCAGAGGCAGCCCAGCACGGCACUCUGGCAAUUGA